UUUCCUUAGUGUCCUGUAGACCGAGCUGCUUCCUCGCUAUUUUAAGCCAGCGUAUUUCCUUUGAGUCUUCCUCUUUAACCCAUGGAUUAUUUAAAGUACAGUUGACAUUCAGGGAUGUGGCCAUCGAAUUCUCUCAGGAAGAGUGGGAAUGCCUGCAGCCUGCUCAGAAGGCCUUGUAUGGGGUCAUGAUUCUGGAGAACUUCAGGAACCUGCUCUUCCUGGAUUUCUCUCCUACACAUGUGAUCAAGAAAUUACAAACUAAAAAGAACAGUAAUACAGCAGAAGUCUUCCAAACAGCAAUGUUGGAAAGACGUGAGAGCCAUGAAAUCAAAGAUUUUUACUUUGGGGAAAUCCAAAAAAAUAUGCAUGACUUUGAGUGUCAGUGGAGAACUUAUGAAAGAAAUUACAAAGGAGUGCCUCUGACCCAUAAAAAUAAUCUCACUGGUAGAAGAGACCAACAUGGUAGAAGGGAUGCGGGAAACAUGCCAAUUGAAAAUAGGCUUGGAUUAAGCUUUCAGGAUGAACUGCAGAUAUUUUGUCAAACUGAAGGGAAAAUUUAUGAAUGCAAUGCAGUUGAGAAGUCUAUCAACAGUAGUUCCUCAGUUUCACCACUUCAAAGAAUUCCUCCUUGUGUCCAAACCAACAUUUCUAAUAAAUGUGGGAAUGAUUUUAUGCAUCCUUCAAUACUGACACAAGACCAGAAAUCACACAGGGAAAAACCUUGCAGAUGUAAUGAAUGAGUGUGGCAAAGCCUUUUAUCAAUGCACACACCUCACUAGACAUCAGAUAAUCCAUACUGGAGAGAAACCUUACAAUGUGGCAAAGUCUUUAGUCAAAAUUCAAGCCUUGCAAGUCGUCAGAAAAUUUAUCCUGCAAAGUAACUUUACAAAUGCAAUGAGUGGCAAAACCUUUAUCAUGAGUUCAAGCAUGAAUUGACAUCAGAGUGUCCAUACUAAACAGAAAUUAUAAAAAUGUAUGUGGCAGAACCUUUAUCCAGGCCUCACAACUCAUUAGACAUCAGAAUAUACAUUUUUGAUGAAACUACACAAAUGUAACGUGCAUGCUAAGGCUUUUACCCAAAGAUCAAAGCUGGAAUAUCGGAAGACUCACACUGGAGAGCAUCCUUACAAACGUAAUGAAUGUGGGAAGGCUUUUUAUCAAACAUACAUGUCUUUGAUGCCAUGAGAAAAUUACACUGGAGAGAAAGCAUAGAACUGUACUGAACCUGGAAGGGGCUGUAAACAAGGGUGGUGGGUCCUCAGGAUUGACCAAAGAAUUCAUACUAGAAAGAAACCUUAUAAUGAAUAUAAUAAGUAUAUGUACUAUAAUGAAUAUAAACCUUAUAAUGAAUAUAGUAAAUUUUUUAACCAAUUCUCACAAUGGACUCCACAUCAGAGUAUUCAUACAAGGAAUAACUAAGUCUCUAGUUCUCCAAGAUUAACCCAAGGUAUUACAUACUGCAGAAUAAUUGCAAGUCAAAAUAUGUUAAAAUUCAUGACAUAUGUCAAAGGAGGAAACAUGUGGAAAUGGCCGAUUAUGUUCUGUUUAUAAGGUAUUUUAUUCAAUUAUGUGAGCUUCAUUAUUUAUGACUUUUAACUUGAAAUUUGAAGUCUGUUGAUAUUAUGCCUUCCUUACAGGCCUUUCAUCAUGGUAUCUGGGAAGGUCCUACUUCAUUAGUUGAGGUUCAUUCAUAUCCAUGUUCCUUUUAAAAUUAAACAUUGUCUGAAUUAGAGAGCAUGGAGGAGGGGUGGAGAAUGAUGUAAAAUGAUGCUGUAUGUCAUCAUGCUUAUCGUGGGGUUCUGUUCUCCAGAUAGAGGGUCACUGUGGUUUAUAGGAAAGGAAUGCUCUACCAAAUGACCAUAAAAUGGAGCAGGCCAAGAUGUUAGGAGACUGGGAUUUAUAUAGGAGAAGAGUGAUACGUUCCUUGGGACUGAUUAUGUGGUAGAAACAAUGCAGGGGAAAUGGUGGCCACAUUCUCCAUUGGUUGGUAAUAGCUGUUUUAUAUCAAAAAUUAAUGAAAAAUUAACUUUAUUCUUGGCAAUUGAAGACAGAAAAGUUAUCGGAGAGGGGAGUUUAAUUAAAAGAACCAUAAUAGUAUGUGCAUGUGUAUGAUUCACAUUUAAUUGCUGAUGUAACUUUUGCUACUCUUGGGGUUUUUUUUUCAGCUUUGUUGAGGUAUAAUUGACAAAUAAAAUUGUACGAUAUUUAAAGUGUACAUUGUGAUGAUUUGAU